AUGUCUGCAAAACUAAGCCAGCCAAAGAAACUCCCGAAAAAACGCAAUGUUCUUCAACUCGACUCGCAGCCAGCUCCCCCGACGCGACGCGUAAACCCCCUUACCGCGUUCUCGUCCCAGCCCACUGCUUCAAGCAGCCAGCCCAAAUCAACGAUGCCGCCACCAUUGCAAAUUCAAUUUAAGAAUUCAAAGGGGAAAGGCAAGGCAGUAUCACUCGUAUCGAAGCGAGACGUUCCCACUGAUUCACUUUGGGUGGAUAUCUACGAACCCUGCUCAGAGGCCGAAUUAGCUGUUCACCCAAAGAAGGUAGAGGAGGUGAGGCGCUGGUUCUGCGAAGCCUUUGAGGGAGGUCCUUCUGGCAAACUGCGCAAAUACCGAAAGAUCCUGGCGUUGUCUGGCCCCGCAGGGGCAGCGAAGACUGCCACUUUACGCGUCUUAUCCCGCGAAAUGGGUUUCAGUAUUACCGAAUGGCGUAGCUCCUUCGAAGACCAAUACCGAGCCUACGGUGGCGACGACGACUACGAAACCCUUUUCACAAAGUUCCAGAACUUCAUGAGCAGGGCGACAACGUGCACCAGCAGUCUCUUCCCCUCGACCGGCGGUGCCGAGCGGCAGGUCAUCCUGCUCGAGGACCUGCCCAACAUUCUGCACCAAGACACGCAGGCCAAGUUCCACGCGCUGCUCGAAUCGCUCCUCGACCUGCCGCGUUCGACGCCUAUUGUCAUGAUCCUCAGUGACGCGGGCGUGCGGAGCGAAACGGGGGAUGACGAGGGUGGCAGCUGGCGCAGGAACACGAGCAGCGCCGUCGACGUGCGCUCCGCCAUCCCCAAAUCCCUGCUGGCCGGCCCAUACGUCACACAUAUCGCAUUCAACCGCAUCGCACCGACGCUUAUGCGCAAAGCCCUGCACGCCAUGCUCAACACCCAUUUCGCCGGCUUGACCGCCGCGCCGCCGUCCAAAGAGGCACUGGAUCUCAUCGUUGAGUCCGUUAAUGGAGACAUCCGCAGUGCAAUUAUGGCUCUGCAGUUCGCGUGCGUCGUGGACGCACCUGCGAGCAAAAAGGGCCGGGCCAAAACUGGGCGUGGGACGUCGACACGGGCCAUGCUGGAGGUUAUAACUAAGCGGGAGAAUAGCUUGGUGCUGUUCCAUCUGCUCGGCAAGAUCCUGUACAACAAAAGGAAAGGAGAUCCCCCGAACGCGUCGGCUAGUGCGAAAGAUAUCCAGCGGGAGAAGGACUCAGACCUCAAGAUCAAAGACCCCCCGCGUCUCCCUCCGUUCUUCCAAGAGCACGACAGAGCGGCUAGUCGCGUCGACGUCGACAUGCUCUACGCCGAUUCGCCUAUCGACGCGUCUCUGCUCUCCCUGUACAUCCACCAAAACUACCCGCAGUUCUGCGACGACGUCGAGGAAUGCGCGGAUAUCGCGGAGUGGAUGAGCUGGGUCGACUGGAGCGGCGGCGAAGCGUGGUAUCAAGCAAACCCCCACCGGUUCCAUCUGCUGACACUGGGGACCUUGCAUUCUCUGCCAACGCCCGUCACGCGGAGGUCUCAGAAGUUCUACAAGCCCGCGUACUUCGAGCAGCUGAAGCGCGAGCGGGAUACCGGUUGUGCAGUCGCCGACGUGCAGGGAUGGCUGGCUGACGGGCCUCACAAUCACAGUACCCGCGCGUUGAGCAAGGCCGUCAUUGCGACCGAGCUUGGGGCCGUUCUCAAGACGCGGACGGCGCCGCGCUCGCACCAGCUAUUUACGCACAUGCCAUUCAGUUAUGGUAACGAUGACUUGCAGCUUUUGGAGGAAAGUGAUGUUCUUUCACAGCAUACUCACAAUGAUGAAGCCGAGUGGGCAGAAAGCCAUGCAAAGGAUUUCAGAGGCGGAGAGGGUGCGGAUGAUGAGGUGAAUCCUAAUGGUGGAUGGUUGGAAGGCGAUGACAUUGAGGAGUUCUGA